AGAAGUUCUCUCCAGAAAUGAGACCUGGGUUAGGAGACAAGGAAUCAGUGACGUGAAGACUUUGCCCCAUGCGGGCAGGGGCUCCUACCACGGUCCCCUGGCGAGAGAGGCGGCACAGGAGAGGCGUGAAGGAAGCCAGCAGGCCUGGUGGGGGGCUGCCUUGUGGGGGACGUCCAGGCCCCGGGCAGGAGGCACUCAGAAAUUAUGGUGACAAGCACUCAGCUCUCUCUGCUCAUGCUGGUGGCCCUGACAGAAGUACCUUCAUGGCCCCGCUUUUGGUGGGACCUAGUAUGCGACCGCAAGGGCCUGAAAUCCAUGGGCCAAACCAUCUAUAUGGCCGGAUUACUGAUUGGCUCUGUCUUCUGGGGCAUCCUCGCCGACCGGUUUGGGCGGAAGUGGAUCCUGAGCUGGAGCUGUCUGCAGGUGGCUUUGACCAACACCAGCACCAUCUUUGCUUCUAAUUUCUUCAUCUACUGUGGCCUCCGUUUUCUGGGCGCUUCUGGAAUAGCUGGCAUCAUCCUGACCUCGAUGAUGCUUCUGGUGGAGUGGACCACGACCCGCAGAAGGGCCACCACCAUAGCAAUCCUGAGCUGCUCCUAUAGCCUGGGCCAGAUGGGCCUGGGGGCCCUGGCCUUCGCUGUGCAGGACUGGCGAAACCUCCAGAUGGCCAUAUCGAUGCCCUUCUUUGCCAUCUUCCUGAUAUCCUGGUGGCUUCCAGAGUCCGCCCGAUGGCUGAUUGUCACGGGCAAGCCAGAGCAAGGGCUCCAGGAACUCCACAAGGUGGCCAGGAUAAAUGGCCACAAGGAAGCCACGAAGUCACUAACCAUACAGGUGCUGAUGACCAGCAUGAAGGAGGAGGUGGCCUCUGAGAAGGCCCGCGGGUCGCUGCUGGAACUGUUCCUCGUGCCCAUGCUCUGCAGGAGGAGCUGCAUCAUGUUCGUGACGUGCUUCUGCCUUGUGAUGUCCUACUACGGGCUGGUCCUUGACCUGCAGAACCUGGGGAGCGACAUCUUCCUCCUCCAGGCCUUCUUCGGAGUCAUAGACAUACUGGCCCGGGUCACUACCCCCCUCUUGCUCAGCUUCUUGGGCCGCCGCAUAAUCUUGGUCAGCUUCCAUGCCACGGCCGGCGUCUCCAUCCUGGCCAACACGCUGCUCCCGCGAGAUUUGCAGACCCUGCGUGUGGUCUUUGCUGUGCUGGGAAGGGGAUGUUUUGGCAUAAUCUUCACCUGUGUUUCUAUCUACAAGUCGGAACUCUACCCAACCGCACUGCGGAUGACAGCAGACAGCUUCGUGCAGGCGGGGGGUCGCCUGGGGUCUGUGAUAGGCCCCCUGAUCAGGAUGACUCAGCCCCUGCUCGCCCCCGUUGUCUACGGAGUUCUUCCCAUCGCCUCCAGCCUCAUUCUGUUCUUCCUCCCGGAGACCCGGGGAUUCCCACUUCCCGACACCAUGCAGGACCUGGAGAAUCAGAAAUCGGCAGCAGCCAAGGGCAACCAGAGACAAGUGGUCAUUACAGAGAGUACCUCGUUCUAGAAAUUCUGCCUGUGUGGAACCCCUUUGGCCAAAAAUCCCCACGGAGGGCACUGCCUCCUCGCCAGCUGAGGGUGGAAGAAAUCAGAAGAAUCUCAAGAGUUUGGUGGGGCCGGGGCUGGGUGGCUGUGGCUGAGGGCUGCUCUCCCCCUCCCUUCUCUUCUCCCCUCACCUCAGCCCUGCAGAGCUGAGCCCACUGGCUGAUCGCGUCCACACCCACUAACACGACGAGUCCUUUCUCCUUCCCACCAGGCUCCCGUCUCCACACCUUCACUCAGAGCUCCUGACUCUCCUGACUCGCUUCACUGACCCGUGCACCGCAGUGUUCUCACCUCCUGGCUACCAGAGUGGACCACAGAACAGAAAGGGGCAUGUCCAAACAGACCUAGGCUCCAAUCUCCCUCCUCCACUCUUCGCAGAGUCCUCAUCUGUAAAAUGGAAAUGAUCAUGGAACCUACCUCCACAGGGUGGGGUAGGGGGUGGGGGUAGUGACAGGGUUAGCAGAUCUUAGCACAGUCGAGAGUCCAACAAAUAGAACCUGCUAACAGGGCUGCCGGGUACAGGUGUUCACGUUGUGCGCUGCCCAAGACACCAGCUGAAGGAGGCACGUGGGGGCUGAAAUCCAGCCCAGGCUACACUGGGCAGAAAGGAGUAGUUUUCAUUCCCUCUUACUUCCCACCCAUUACGGGGAUGGCCUGACGCUAGGUGCCUCAGACCAGCAGCAUUUGUUACUUACAGGUGCUCAUGGCCCAGGGUGGGGUGGCCGUGCCACGCACCGUGCAGGGCACGGGGGGCUGCGGCAGGAACAACGUGGACCACCAGGGGCUGUGGGAGGCAGGCUUUGUAGCAUCGAGAAGGCAGAGUGAGCCCUGGUUCCCAAGGGAGGAUGUGAUCGGCUUGUCUGAGGAAUCCCACCCGUGACAGGGCUCUGAAUAGAAAUAACAGUAAUAGACAUAAUAGAAAGGGCUCCUGGAUGCUUGAUGAAAAAUGUUAUUUGCGGGGCGCCUGGGGGGCUCGGUCGGUUAAGCGUCCGACUUCGGCUCAGGUUACGAUCUCACGGUUC